AUGCCGGACGAUAAAAAGAACUUACUAGACGCUUCUGGAGCACAAACCGCUGAAGAUAGAACAGCAACUGCUAUCUUGAGAAGAAAGAAGAAGGAUAAUGCAUUGAUUGUAGACGACGCUGAAAAUGAUGAUAACUCUGUUAUUACUAUGUCGUCUAACACAAUGGAAUUGUUGCAAUUAUUCAGAGGAGACACCGUGUUGGUCAAGGGAAAGAAGAGAAAAGAUACGGUGUUAAUUGUAUUGGCUGAUGAUGAUAUGGAUGAUGGUGUUGCUAGAAUUAAUAGAUGUGUCCGUAAUAACUUGAGAGUUAGACUUGGGGACAUUGUGAGUAUUCACCCAUGCCCAGACAUCAAGUAUGCCAACAGAAUCAGCGUUUUGCCUAUUGCUGACACCGUUGAAGGUAUAACCGGAUCACUUUUUGACGUGUACUUGAAGCCAUACUUUGUCGAGGCCUACAGACCAGUCAGAAAGGGAGACUUGUUCACUGUCAGAGGUGGUAUGAGACAGGUUGAAUUCAAGGUUGUUGAGGUUGAUCCAGAAGAAAUUGCCAUUGUCGCCCAAGACACGAUUAUUCAUUGUGAAGGUGAACCAAUUAACCGUGAAGACGAAGAAAACAACAUGAAUGAAGUUGGUUACGAUGAUAUCGGUGGAUGUAGGAAGCAAAUGGCUCAAAUUAGAGAAUUGGUCGAGUUGCCAUUGCGCCACCCACAAUUAUUCAAGUCUAUUGGUAUCAAACCUCCAAAGGGUAUCUUGAUGUAUGGUCCUCCAGGUACUGGUAAGACUGUCAUGGCGAGGGCUGUUGCGAAUGAGACAGGUGCAUUUUUCUUCUUGAUUAAUGGUCCAGAAAUUAUGUCCAAGAUGGCAGGUGAAUCUGAAUCUAACUUGAGAAAAGCAUUCGAAGAAGCAGAGAAAAAUUCGCCAUCCAUUAUCUUCAUUGAUGAAAUCGAUUCUAUUGCUCCUAAGAGAGACAAGACUAAUGGUGAAGUUGAAAGAAGAGUUGUUUCUCAAUUAUUAACUCUUAUGGACGGUAUGAAGGCAAGAUCUAACACCGUUGUUAUUGCCGCAACUAACAGACCAAACUCCAUUGAUCCAGCCUUGAGAAGAUUCGGUAGAUUUGAUAGAGAAGUCGAUAUAGGUGUUCCUGAUGCAGCAGGCCGUUUGGAAAUUUUAAGAAUCCACACCAAAAACAUGAAAUUAAAUGACGAUGUCGAUUUAGAGGCCAUUGCUUCUGAAACUCACGGUUUUGUGGGUGCGGAUAUUGCUUCCUUAUGUUCAGAAGCAGCUAUGCAACAAAUUAGAGAAAAGAUGGACCUUAUUGAUUUAGAGGAAGAAACUAUCGAUGCAGAAGUUUUGGAUUCAUUAGGUGUUACAAUGGAGAACUUCAAGUUUGCUUUAGGCAACUCCAACCCAUCGGCAUUACGUGAAACCGUUGUGGAGAAUGUCAAUGUUACUUGGAAUGACAUUGGUGGAUUAGAUACCAUCAAGAAUGAGUUAAAGGAAACUGUUGAAUAUCCUGUUUUACAUCCAGAUCAAUAUCAAAAGUUUGGAUUAUCACCUUCUAAGGGUGUAUUAUUUUAUGGUCCUCCAGGUACUGGUAAGACCUUGUUAGCCAAGGCCGUUGCUACCGAAGUUUCUGCUAAUUUCAUUUCAGUCAAAGGUCCGGAAUUAUUAAGUAUGUGGUAUGGUGAAUCAGAGUCUAAUAUUCGUGAUAUUUUCGAUAAGGCCAGAGCUGCAGCUCCAACUGUUGUCUUCCUCGAUGAAUUGGAUUCUAUUGCCAAAGCUAGAGGUGGAUCGCAUGGCGAUGCCGGUGGUGCUUCUGACCGUGUUGUUAAUCAAUUAUUGACAGAAAUGGAUGGUAUGAAUGCCAAAAAGAAUGUUUUCGUCAUCGGUGCAACUAAUAGACCUGAUCAAAUCGAUCCAGCUUUAUUGAGACCUGGUAGAUUAGAUCAAUUAAUCUAUGUUCCAUUACCAGAUGAAGUGGCUAGAUUAUCUAUUUUACAAGCCCAAUUAAGAAACACUCCAUUAGAACCAGGUUUGGAUUUGUUAGAAAUUGCAAAGAUCACCAAUGGUUUCUCGGGUGCAGAUUUAUCAUACAUUGUUCAAAGAUCUGCUAAGUUUGCUAUUAAGGAUUCCAUUGAAGCGCAUAUCAGGUUACAAAAGUCUAAGGCAGAUUCUAAACAAGGUGAUGAUGUUGAAAUGACCGAAGAAUCUAAGCCUGCAGGUGACGAAGAAGAAGAAGAGGAAGAAGACCCUGUUCCUUAUAUUACUAGAGCUCAUUUCGAAGAAGCUAUGAAGACAGCCAAGCGUUCCGUCUCCGAUGCUGAAUUACGUCGUUAUGAAGCUUAUUCUCAACAAAUGCAAGCUUCAAGAGGACAAUUCACCAACUUUAGAUUUAGUGAAGGUGAAGGCAAUGAAGGCGCUCAAUCCAACUCUACUGGAAAUGAAAAUGCUGCUGCUUUUGGUAAUGUUGAAGAAGACGAUGAUUUAUAUAGUUAG